GCUCUUUGAUCUACUCCUACUUCUCCUUCUUCUUCUCCCUGUUCUUAUACCAACUAUUAAAAUCUAGUAUUAAUUGCCUUGUUCCCAUUCCUCAUUCCUCCAUCCUGACCGCCACCCCGUUAAGUUCAGUCGUUGAUUCCUCAGACGGUGUUGGAUAUAGAUCUUGUCUCACCUGCCCAAACACUCUCCUACCACAUCAUUUCCUCAAGAUGGAUCGCUUUGUCCCCCAUGGCUUGCCCACGGCGUCAGUCCCUGCUCGCCGAAUCAACCCUCAACGGCUUAUUCCAAAACAGACAGAGACACCCUGCCCCCUGGCGGAUGGCGCUCUUCCCCAAACUUCACGCUCUUACGACCCCUGCUCAACCAUCGACAACUGGACAAGGUCCAGUUCUAGUAGCCCUGAAGCAAUGAUGGCCUGUCAGCAGCAUCCAUGGUCCAUGGAGGCAAAUACCUCGGAAUACAUUCUCAGUCCAUCUCACUCCCCCAAGGACACUCUGGCAGAUGUAUUGUCCGGCCAGUACGUGCACGACAGCGAGCACUCUGACUGGUCAUCCUCGUUCAUGAACCCCAAUCCGACACACGCACCAUCAUCACACGCUAGACGACAACCGUCUCCCGAGUGGCCGCAGGAUUCUCAUGCCCCGGUGCUGGCGGGGGUUGACCGUGACUCUUACGGUGCACCAUUCCGGCCUCAUCAACAACGGUCUGGGACGGCGGCGAUGGCCUACCCGUCUGCGCCACCAUCACCUCUCUUGUCCUCUUCAGGAUACCCUCCAUCCCAGUAUGGCCGGCCGGAUCUCUCCCCGCUCAAGCCACUGGUGGAGCAUGACGAUUCACGGACUAGCCCUGACGAUACGGAAGAAGACGGGAGCGCCGAUCCUCCAUACUCCCUGCUCAUCUACCAGGCUCUCUGGUCUGCGGCGGGGAGGAAACUGACUCUCCAGGAGAUCUACAGCUGGUUCGAGAAGAACACCACGAAGGGGAAAGAUCGAACUUCGAAAGGUUGGCAGAAUAGUAUUCGUCAUAAUUUGUCGAUGAACGCAGGAUUUGAGGCCGUCCGUGAGGAGCCAACACCCGGCAAGAAGGCUGUGAAUUACUGGCGCCUGACAGAGGAAGCAUUUGCCAAUGGCAUUCAAUCCACGACGCGAUACAGAAAACAGGCGAAUUACAAGAAGGCCCUAGGGUCAGACCCACCGGCUCCCCAGCGGCAGCGUUCUGGAGCUAAGGGGGGCAAGGCGACCAAAAUCACGGCCAAAUUCCGCGGACAACUGAGCCAGGAUGAAUUACGACGCGAACGAUACCGGCCGCGAUUGGCAUCGUCAUCAACAUUAUCGUCCUCGCCGUGGGGCCACCACCCGAAGGAUCUUCAUGGUCAAUACCACCUCCCGUCCGCCAUGCCCAUGGUGGCACCGUACCAUGUGGCUGUCUGUCCAACAGCACCAAUGAACCGCUCAACAGCCUCGUCGGGUGAGCAUCACUUCGACCUGGGAAGCGUCGUUGGGUGUGCUGACACCCCUCCAUGCGCCCCUGUGUUCUGUGACAUGGCGGGGCCGGGCGGCGCCGAUUGCCUGGCGUUAGAUCCAGGGUACAUGGGGUGGUGUGGCAGCAGCCUCCCUCAUCAAUUUUCUUCCCACGCGCAUCAUGGCAUGUUGACAGGCUCGGAACCAAGCUCGACAGAUCUCCCAUUGGGGGUAUAGCUGUGGGGUGGAUCGACUUUGAUUGGGCGGUGCUGACUGACUUGCAUGACCGUACUGUAGUGAAAUCAUUAGCCUUCUUCUUGGCCUUUCCUCUUACUAUGCAUUUUUCUUUCUUUUUUCUUCAUUUUUUGUUUUACCCCCUCUCACCACCUCUAUUGGUCAUAUUUCGGUCCUCUGCUUGUUUUUCUUCUUUUUUUUUUUUCUACUUUUCCUCCUAUCCUGUUUGGGACCUUCAGGUUUUAAUCAUUACUCUGAUUAUUUAAUUGUCUUAGUAAGAGUACGAAAAGGUGCGGCGUUGGGGUGAAUAUUGGGCAUCUUUUUUCCUUACCCUUUUUUACCAACCUUUUUUUGAUAUUACAGAGUACUAGAGGUUACUAGAUACCUCAUCUAUAGAAUAUUACCCUCAAUGCAAUAUCU